AUGGAGAUCUGCAACCAAACUACUGGAGAAACAUUUAUUUUAAUUGGCCUGUCACAUAAGCCAGACACUCUGGUUCUUUUAUUCAUUGGUAUCUUUAUUAUGUAUUUUACCUGUCAGUCUAGUAACAUUCUGAUAACAUUACUAAUAUACAUGGACUCACAUUUGCACACUCCAAUGUACUUCUUUCUCAGUAAUCUUUCCUUCCUGGAUGUCUCCUUCACCUCAGUAACUUUACCAAAGCUACUUGAUGUUAUUGUGGAUGGGAACAAAAUUUCUUUUAUAGGAUGUAUGGUACAGUGUCAUUGUGUUCUUACAUUUCAAAGUACAGAAUAUAUACUAUUGGCAGUCAUGGCUUUCGAUAGAUUUGUGGCCAUUUGUAAACCAUUACACUACCUAUUGAUUAUGAAUAAUAAGCUGUGUGUUUUCUUAUCUCUCUUUUCUUGGAUAACUAUAUAUAUUUUCACUGUGCCCAUCACUAUUCUAAUAUCGACACUGCAAUUUUGCAGCUCUUGUGAAAUCAACCACUUCUAUUGUGAUGUAAUGGCCUUGUUGCAGCUCUCAUGCUCAGACAUCUUGAGAAUUCAGAUUAUCAUAUUUAUAGCGGCGGCACUGCUGGGCAUACCCUGCUUUCUUCUGACACUAAUCUCCUAUAUUUUCAUUGGUCAAAAUAUUUUGGCUAUUCGUACUACCAGUGGUAGAUCCAAAGCUUUUUCUACCUGCUCCUCACACCUUACUGUUGUAACGUUGUUAUAUUUAGUGCUGUUUUGUCUGUAUUUACGACCUCCAUCAGAGACAUUUUUGACUGAUGGUAAAAUUAUAUCACUGUUAAAUAUAGGUGUAAUACCUAUGCUAAACCCCCUUAUUUAUACUUUGAGAAACAAAGAUGUCAAAUGUGCCUUAAAGAAACUAAUAAGAUAA